AUGCCGUUGAAAAUAUCGUGUCUCCUUAUUCUUUUGGUGCUAUUUUUGCAUCAUACUCAUUCGAUCAAGAGAAGAUGCCUUCAGUUACCGAAUGAGGGCAAGGGUAAAGCCUUCAUGCACAAUUGGUUCUACAACUCCACAUCGAAGAGAUGUCAAAGGUUCAUCUUCUUGGGCGGUGCGAGGAAUGGCAACAACUUCAAUACCCAAGCUCAGUGUCGCAAAAUUUGCCCAGCCCAACUGCCUGUGUAA